ACCUUAAGCAAAACAUUGAUUUCUUCAAGUUUAAGCAAAAAAAAUUCGUUCUUCAUGAAGUUGGCUUAAACUAAGCAAAUGGUAGUGAAUUUCAACCUGGGGAGAGGAGUUUGUAGCUGCAGUUAUGUCUGGUUUUCUGUGCUCCAAGUUGGAUGAAAAAAUGAGUUUAAGCAAUUCAUUUACAGUCCAUGAGAGUUCCAUCAUUCAGCCAUGGUGGCUCUUCAAGCCCUUUUAUCAGAAUUAUUGUUUAGAUAAUGAUGAUGAUGAAGAGAGGGAUAUCAGUAAAAAAAAGGGAGCUCCGUUAACUCCUUAUAUGUCAAGAGAAAGUUUGUUUACUUGUAAGAAGAUUCCUCCCAAGGAAACUAGCUCACUCAAUUUUGCUGUGCAUAUGAAUGGGAAAAAGAUGAUCAAUGAGUAUGUAAAAGUGAGGAAAAUCAGUCGUGGAAGCUAUGGCAAAGUGGCAUUGUAUCUGAACAUCAACAAUGGAACUCCAUUUGCUAUCAAGACAGUUUGCAAAUCUCGCCUGCGCAAAAUGCGCGUGACACAAUCAGAAACCGCCAUGGCAAAUGUUCGUAGAGAAGUUUCUAUAAUGAAGAUGUUGGAUCAUCCAAAUGUAGUUAAUCUCAUUGAAGUGAUUGAUGACAAAAAAGCAGAUUAUCUCUAUAUGGUACUCGAGUAUGUAGAAGGUGAAACUAUCAGCGAGAUAUCUAGAAAAACAGGACCAAUUGAUGAAUCGACUGCGCGAAGUUACUUCAAGGAUAUAAUUGCAGGAGUCAUUUACUUACAUAGUCAUAAUAUCAUCCAUGGCGAUAUGAAACCCGAAAACCUUUUGGUGACUAGAAGUGGAAGGGUGAAGAUUUGUGAUUUCAGUUCUAGCCAUGCCUUUGAGGGCGCAAACGAUGAGCUUCGGAGAUUCCCCGGGACUGUAGCUGUCACUGCACCUGAGUGCUACUUAGAUGCAUUUUACCAUGGAAAGGCAGCUGAUAUAUGGGCAGUUGGUGUUACUUUUUACUAUAUUGUAACAGGGCAGUUGCCUUUUCUUGGUGAGAGCAUACCUGAAACUUAUGAAAAGAUUCUAAAUAGUCCUCUAUCACUCCCAGAAGAGAUCGAUCCGGAGCUCAAAGAUCUGCUUCAACGCCUUCUCUGUAAAGAUCCGAUACAGAGAAUUACCUCAGAUGUUGCGGCCGAGCAUCCAUGGGUGGUCAAAGAAGGAGGUCUUGUCCCUAGAAAAAGCUCAUGCAGCUGCAGGCUAAGUUGCCUGCUAGCCAAAAGGCACCAAAAUGGGAACCAACAAUAUAUAUAGACAUCUUUAGAUAUAGUUUUGCAAGUCAAUUCAAAGGCAAUAAACAAGCAAGACUUCUUCUAUUUAUAUCAUACAAGAUCAAGAACAAAAGAAUUCAGUACUAUUUUACAGAAGUUUAAUUAAUAUCUAAGCACAUAUCAUAUCAAUAAAAUUCGUUCUCUUCAAUGAUGGGGAGCUCUUGGUUUGAUCUUGAACCUCUUGAAGAAGGCGAGGGCUCUCCCGGUAAGUCAGAAAGGGCGGCGAGAAUCCUGCGAAUGCUACUUGAACGCACCGGUUUGAAGCUCAAUGAUCUGACCAUCUUAUUCUUGGAGAAGAUAUCAGAAGAGUUUGUGAGGAUGAAAUAGACCAAAACCUGAACAAGGACAAACGUUCCAACUUUCAUAAGGGUAUCAGCCAAAUCCAGCUCCAUUUGUUGUGAUUUCUUUGUAGAAGUUUGCUAUAGGUGAAGUGUGUUGUAAUUGAAUUUGUGUUUGAAUAAUGCAUGGAGAGGGAUGUUGUAUAUA